AUGGAUUUUGUAGUAAAAUUACCAGUUGAAUUGGAUGCAGAUGAGUCUCUUGUAAACAAUAGGAAGAAACUUUUGGAAGAAUGGGGGGUGCCUGGGCCUUACGUGACUCUAUGGCUAAAAGAGGAUUUAGGAGAUAACUUGAAAGUUCAGGAAAACUUGAAAAACAUUUUUGAAAGGUUGGUCAAGUUAAUUCACUCCAUUUACAUUUCAAGCAUGACAGAUAAGGAUACAUAUUUAGCAUUAGCAUAUAAUAAAAAUGACUAUAUUUCAAAGAGCACUUCAGGAAAAGCUCAAGUUGAUUUUCCAAAGUCUUUGUUUGAAAAAUAUUCUCAGAAUGUCACAAAUGUCCCAUUUUAUAAUCCUUUUGUAAUGAUUAAAGCUCUUCUUCUUUUGAAAAAUAUCAUUAAAGAUGAAAUCUCCAAAGUUAACCAAAGUGCUGAGAAGCCUGGUAAUCCUACGGAUAACUAUCUAUACUUAUUAAAUCAAUGCCUUUCUUUGGUGAUGUUGUCCUUGGAAAACAUAUGUAAGCCUUCAUUAGAGGAUGCUUCGAGUUUGAAUAUUGAAAUUGAUUCAUCUUAUUUUGACGAAAUAAUUGAAAGUCUUUCUGAAGGUGAGAAACACAUAAAGCAUCCUAUUGUACUCAGAAAACUUGGAGUGGGUGUUCAUCCUGACCAUGGAAGAGGACUCUACUCUACAGAAAAAAUUGAAGCUGAUACGAAAAUUAUUGAAAUUUCUUUGUAUCAUGCACUAUCAUUUUACAAUGCAAUAUAUUCUGAGGAUUUUGGGUACAUUGCAAGAUUUCUAACUAAUCCAACACAGUAUAUUAAUGAAAUGAAGUCUGCAAUUGGCGAAAUUUCCACUUUAUCCAACGGUUCUGAGCAAAAUAUUAUGUAUGAACCAAUCGACCACGACUCUAUUCUACUUCUUUUUACUGUAUUUCAGGUUUCUAAAGGAGAAAAAUCAAAAUGGAAUAAGAUAAUUUCUAUGUGGCAAAAUCCAACGCAUGCAUGCAAUCAAAACAUGUACAUGGCGCCAAAAGAGGUCAGGGAUUUUCUGUCACAUGGUGGGAAUGAUUUUGGGAGUAGAAUUUCCAAUAGCAUAGAUGAACUUUAUGAUUUGAUAAAACAUGUGUAUUUUCUCUUGGAUAUCGUUCAAAAUGAGGCAAAAAGGUUGAGUGAUCUCCUUGGAGACCAGAAGGUGUCAGAGUCCAUAAGCUUUUUUAAGGAUUUGGAUUACAAAAGCAUAUUCACAUGGAAGAAAUUUAAUCAGACAAAGUACGUUUUAGAUACUAGGUCAUUUAGUAUCAAAUGGUGGCCUUUAAAUGAGGAGUUUUAUAAGCACGAAAAAUUAGGAAAUAUGAAUGGUUUAAAAGUGAUUAGUCAAUCUAACGAAAAUAAUGAUCAUCUUGAACUCAUUAGUAUACCUGUUACAGACUUUUCACUGAAUGGGGAAUCGAAUAAUUUGAUAUUACCAGUACCUAUUGAUGGAGUACGUACAAUCUUACCAAUUGCUGAUAUGUUUAAUCAUUCACAUUUGGCACAAUGUUCAUCUCCAUUCUUGGAUUUUGAGAAUAACAUGAUUUCUAUUAAGAAUGAAGUGGAAAUUCCAAAAAACUGCGAGGUAUAUAUUAGGUAUGGCAUUUUGUCAAGCAGUGAAUGCUUAUUUGGCUAUGGAUUUAUCCCUAUAACAAAGCCUAUUUCCGGCUUGUUUGACACACUAACAUUAAACUUAGAACCUGAGGAUGAUGACCCAUUGUAUAAAAUGAAGAUUUUAGUGUUGAAGCAUUCCAAUAUUCCAACUGAUCACAUAUUUUCCAAACUAUCUUUGGAGAAACUAACUAAUCAAGAUUUACUCUUUAAGUGUAUAGAUGUAGUAACAUCUAAUGAUCCAAUUUCUACUCUCAAAAAUUGGGACAAAAACGGAGGGGAACCAAAUAAAUAUUCUAAUAUUGAUUACAUGCAAAUAGUCUAUGAAAUUUUAGAGAGUUUAUUAAAACCCUGCAUAGAACAUCAUAAUUUGCUCCAAAGCUACAAAUCUUCUUCAGCCGAGUUAAGGCCUUUUUGGUUCCAAGACUGGGGAGAAAGAGCUAUAUCAUAUUAUUCCAGCCAAAUAGAUUUAAUAAAACUUUCUCUAGCAAAGUUUAAAAAGAGAAAAAGUUAA